AUGUUACAAGGUUACUAUAGUCUCCUUGGAGGGAAAAGGAAGGCUACGAGGAACUGUAAGUUUCUUUUUUAUAAAUUUAUUGAAGGUAUUUAUAUGAUUAUGGCUUAAAAUUAAAUUUUUGAUGAAUUAAAAGUUUUCGUGGUGAGAACCAAAAGUAAAAUGAAAGUUAAGAUUUGUAAAGAAAGUUCUUGCAAUUUUUGAGUUUGUAAAGAAAGUUCUUGCAAUGUUUGAGUUUGUAAAGAAAGUUCUUGCAAUUUUAGGUUUCGGAAAGAAAUUUUUUGCCAUUUUAUGCUUUGUAAACAAAGUUCUCGCCAUUUUAUCGUUUGUAAAGAAAGUUCUUGCUAUUUUGACCUUACUUUUCAAAAAUUGUAAUAUUUUAAAAAGUUGAUAAAAUAAUCUGUAAAUAAAGUUUUUGCACUGCCAAAACAUAAUAAAUGCUUGCUAAUGUCAUGACCUUUUGACAAAACUUGUCACAGUAGAUUUACAAUACUACUAUGAAUAAGUGAAAACAUUUCUCAAGGUUAAAACGUCAUGUUUGUUUUUUCCGCCAACGUCUUAUGUCAUCAUUGUGACAAGUUUGGUUUUUUGUCGGAAUACGGUUUUUGUGACAAACUUUUGUAGACUUUUUGUAAUUUCGAAAUUUGGAACUAAAGUUUUGCCAAUUUCUCAAAAUUUUUAACAUUUAGAAUUUGUAAAAAAAGUUCUUGCCAUUUUAUGAUUUGUAAACAAAGUUCUGGCCAUUUCAUAAUUUGUAAAAGAAGUCCUUGCCAUCCCCUGCGUCGUACAGAACGUUCUUGCAAUUUCUAUUCAAAAUAAGCUGUUUUUGCGUUGUGCAGCCUGCGAGUGAUAAGUUAUACGAUGAAUGCCACUUUAGCAAAAGUAAUUAAAGUUAUUGCCAUUUUAUGAUCUGUAAAGAAAGUUAUUGCAAUUUUAGGUUUUGUAAAGAAAAAUCUGCCGCUUUAUGAUUCGCAAAAAAAUUUCUUAAUAAUUCUAUUCAAAAUAAGCACAUUUUGCGUUGUAGUGACAAUUUAUACGAUAAAUGCCAUUUUAAGCUUGUAAAGAAAGUUCUCGCCAUUUUACGUUCUGUAAAGAAAGUUCUUGCCAUUUUUUGUUUUGUAAAGAAAGUUCUUGCCAUUUUUCUUCUGUAAAGAAAGUUCUUUCCAUUUUAUGCUUUGUAAAGAAAGUUCUUGCCAUUUCAUCUUUUGUAAAGAAAGAUUUUGCAUUUUUGCAGACGUUAUUGUAUACUUCAUCCCUUGAAACAAUAUUUUUCUUUUCUUUUCUCAAAACUCCAUUUUAAUGUAGAAUAUUUGCAAAAAACGACUGCAUUAUGACCUUAUUCAAAUUCCAGUUUUUGCGAAAAAAAACGAAUUUCUGGCGUUCGAAUAUGGAACGCUUGCUUGUUUUAAUCCGAUCAAACCCAUCUUUUGUUAGUAACAUGUCCUACGGUGUUCGUAUCGUCGUAUGUUACUACGGUUUUAUCGGUAUAAAAAACAAUAUUAUCAUCUGAGCUCCGCCCACUUUUUUAUAAGUUUUUGUCGAGAUUUUGGCACGUUUAAAGUCGAGAUUGGGAGACGGUUUAAAUCAGUGUUAGCGGGUCGGGUUCAAAGUGUCAUAGUGCUUUAAUAAAAGUUAAUAAAGGUUUAAAUUUUUUCGAAUUUUGAAAUAUUGUUACCUUUAGGGUAGUAAAGUGAGUAGGGUAGGGUAGGGUAGGGUAGGGUAGGGUAGGGUAGGGUAGGGUAGGGUAGGGUAGGGUAGGGUAGGGUAGGGUAGGGUAGGGUAGGGUAGUAUGACAAUGUAGGGCGACUUGGUUACUGUACAUUCCCUCAAACUUAGAGUUUGUCUUGACUUCAUAUUUUUCAAAAAAGUCAUAGUGUGAUCUUGUCAAAGCAAUUUCACACUUGUUAAUACUACAAAACUUUUUUGAUGUUGUUACUUUUUUCACUUUCUUUCCUCAAUGAAAAGGAGUGCAAGGUCGUUCGAGUGUUUUUCACUGUAUAACAUAAUGUGGUUUUGAACCGGAAUGGCUAGGCCCAGGUUUAAAUUUUGUAAAGAAAGUUGUUGUCAAUUUUUGCUUUGUAAAGAAAGUUUCUGCAAGUAUUUGCUUUGAAAAGAAAGUUCUUGCCAUUUUAUGUUUUGUAAAUAAAGUUGUUGCCAUUUUUUGAUUUGUAAAGAAAGUCCUUUCCAUUUUAUAGUUUUUAAAGAAAUUUCUUGCCAAUUCUAUUCAAAUGAACCAUAUUUGGUGUUGUGCAGCCUGCGGGUGACAAGUUAUAGGAUGAAUAUUAAUAUACCUCACUUUACAGUAAUGACCAAUCGUGGGUGGUUGCCCUACAUCCUCUUACUAUCGGCACUAUCCUCCUUGGCCAGUUCAGUAUUAUUGGACAGAGAUACCAGCGAUGUAGAGGAUGUAGCUGACAUUCUACAUCAACUGAACAAUCCAGUACGACAACAAGAUCCAGUAUCGAGCUCAGCUUUGGACAUUGAAAGAGAACAGUUGAAACGUGUUGAGGUAGGUUUGGAACACCUUAUUUUUCAGUAUUGGACAAAAAACAACAAUAUUUAUUACGAUGAAAGUUUUCGUGGUGGGACCCAAAAUGAAAUCGCAAAGUUAUGGUUUUUACUGUUCUAGUAGGGUAAUUUUGGUAUGGAUUGGUAAGGAAAGGGGUAAAAUCACAAAAAAAUAAAAAAAUUUUUUAAAUUUGAAAAAAAUUCACAGGGGGUACCAUAUUCAACCAUAUUUAAAAUUCAAACUCAUUAUAGGCCCAAAUCCAUCAAGCAUGGCCAAAACACCAAUUUACAACAACACCUAUGCCCAUUUCUGGCCAAACCGAAGUGCCGGCCAGCUCUCAGAAGACGGAAAUCGACCUAAACCAAGAGAUUCGACCAGUUUUGAAGCCAAAACCUGGCUUCAAAGUGCAGAAAGAGCAAUUUCAAGAUGAAGAGCUACAAAAUGAAGACCUUGACCAACGUCCUGAAAGUCAACGUCAAUUUAAAAACGGCAGAAGACCAUGGCAACGAGAUAGUCAAGAGUUCCCGUUUCAGAAUAGUGAUAGAGACUUGAGCACUCGUCAUGGUGUAGAUAGUCGAAGACGGAUAAUGAAUGAACAAAAGGCCUUUAUUAAUCGAGAUUCUAAUUUGAAUAAUCGAGGAGAUCAAAGACAACCAGAAAGCCAAUUUAAUCUACCAGAAGCCCAAUUUAGUCGACCUGAUCAAUUUAGCCGCUCGGACCAAUUCGAUCGAGAAAGAAAUCAAUUCAACCGCCAAAACGGUCGAUUUGACCCUCGAGAUCGAUUGAAUAACAAUGCCUUGUCAAGCCAACUAGAUGAAGAUGAAUUUCAAGCCAUACAGAACAUACUAGAACAACAUAAUCAAGGACAAAAGCAUCGUGAUGAUCAACUGAAUCUGAGAAGCCAGAGCUUCAGAGGUCAGAAUCUGAGAAGUCAGGGCUCCAGAAGUCAGAACUCAAGGGAUUGGAAUCCUGAUCAAAGCUUUAACAAUCAGAAUAUUAGAAGCCAAGAGUUCUCCAGCCAGAAUCCAAGAAGCCAGAACUUCAGAAAUCAGAAUCAGAGAAGUCAAAGCUCCAGAAGCCAGAAUUCUUUCAGAAGUCUUCAAAGAAGUUGGAAUGAACAAUCAGGCUGGAUUCCAAUUGAUGAUCAACAACAUGAUAGUCGAGCCUCAUUCAGAAAGUUCAGAGAUCCUCAAGGUCAACAACAAAGGAUGAACUUCCAAGAUUCUAGAAGAGGAAACCGGCUACAGAAUCAACGAAUUCAAAAUCAAGAAUUCGAGAAUCAAAGGCUUCAGAAACAGCAGUUCAGGCCACAAAAUCAGCAGUUCAGACCUCAAAGCCGACAAUUUUUGCGCCAAAGAGAUCAACAAGGUAAAGACCGAGUAGAUCGUCAGCAAAAUCAAGUUCAGAAUCGACAAAGUCAAAAUCAUUUUAUAACUAACACUCCACGACCUCAAGGACUACAAUCGACUACGAGAAUGCCUUUUAAUCAGCAAAGAAUGGUAGGAAACCAGCAAAGAAUGACAUCAAAUCAGCUUCAAACCAACCCUUCUCAACUUCAAUUCAGUGGAGAUGCACGUCAAAGUUCAGAAUUUGAUCAACCACAGCCUAGGCUUCAACAACAACAACCUAGGCUUCAACAAAACGUAAACCAAGGAUUCAGAAACCCUGUCCAAGGACCCAGAAUCAGCAAUCGAAAUCAAAAUUUUGGACAAGAUCAGCAAGGCUUUCAACAGAGACAACAACAAGGUUUCCAGAACCAAAACCAGUUGAAUACUGGUCGAAGACAACUUCAGCGAACCCAACAACUUCAACGACAAGGUGUCUUGAGUACGUCAGUUCCAUUCCGAGAUAGUUUGGUUAGAACAACCAUGCCUAGCAAAACUUUUGUUACUACGACUCCGAUGCCAACCCUUGGUACCAAUAAUAACCGUAAUCUUGGCCAGAGUAGUACCAUAAGCCAAUUUAAUAAUAGGCAAAGUACGGUGAUACCAAAACAAGGCAUAACUCAGUCAAGACAGGUUAAUACUAUAACCCAGCCCAGCACCAUCGGCCAGAGACCUCUUCUCAACCCAAGAACAAGGCAUAGACAACAACAAAACAGAGCUUUUCUUCAGCAACAGAGUACGGUACAACCUCAGACGACUACACAAAGAAUACCAACAGUACAAAGACAGACUUCCAGGUCUCAAAUGACAAUACCACCAACGCUACAGCCGGUUGGUAGUAAUAGAAGAGUAAAUAACUUUGGUCAACAGACUACCAUGAGGCCUAUAGUUGGCCAGCAGUCAACUGUCAGACCUACAGUAAGCCAGCUAAGUAAUAUAAGACCUACAGUAAGCCAGCUAAGUAUCGUAAGACCUACAGUAAGACAGCAAACUGCUCAAAAUCGUAACUUCUCACCAAGACAAAACUUGCAACAACGCCAGCAACAAGUCACGGCAAAACCUCAAGUCAUACACACCUUAAUUGACACCCGAGGGCAUCGUAUUCAAAUCACGGAAGACCCCAUAACUCACGAACUUAAGGUUCAGCCAGAGCAACAAACUCAGCUAACAGGUCAACAAGUGCAAGGUGGUCAAAGAAGACCACUUCAGAGCCAGCAACUUCGACAAUCAACUCAAAACCAGCAAUUUGUUAGCACAACUCCAGCAACAACUCGGCGUGGAUUGGCUAGAGUACCAGCUAGCGAGAUCGACCGUAACAUGAACUCAAGAUUCAGUAGUGCAACCCCAACUUCUAGCUCAAGAACACACAGUAUAACAUCAGUUCCAAGAAGUUCAACGCUAGCUCCAACUCGAGGCUCAGCCAUGACAGCCACGCCAGCUUCGACCAGCUUCUUUGGCCAGGCGUUGCCACGAAAUAUGGCUACCAAUGUGAACAGAAAUUUGAAUUCCAUUAACAAUGGCAAGUCGACCACCUCAAGCUUCUCUAGAUCAACAAUUAGACCAGCCUUCACCACAACUCAAAAUCCGCUUCGAUCGACCACAGCCUCCAGAAUCCCAACUACAACCUCGACAAUGUCGAGGCGUGCGGGGAGGCCCGGACUGGAACAGUCCAGCCAUGUGCCGUCGAAUGAAGCGUUUACUACAGCGUUUUCUACAGACCCACGGCAAGAUAAUUCAUUGAGUUCAAGGUCAGGUAAUACACUGACUUCAAGGUCAGGUAACACCUUCAAUUCAAGACAAAACCAGCGGCUAAGCCAAGCCCAAAUCGACCGGUUAAACCAAGCCCAAAUCGACCGGUCGGGGUUUUCAAGAACACAAAAUCAACAGUUGGGGUUUCAGCCAAACCGACGUCCUUUAUUAGCCAAAAAGCGGCCCGGACUAGAGACCUUGGACAAUGAGGAUUUAGAUCAAUCAUUCGCCACACCCAGCCCAUCCGAAGCCAGGCCAGUAGCCAUGGCUUUGAAGAGUAGUAGCUUAAAAAACGGGCUAGAAAAGAUUGAAGAUAGUUCGAAGAAAAGCCUAGAGACUAGCGACGAAAGUGGUUCUCCAAAGAAGUCAAAGAAUAUCGGUGAUAAUAAGGAUGGUCAUAGGCUAAAUCAAGGCAAAAUAGAUCGCAAAAACGGCCAUAAAAGCGGCCAAGAAAGAGGUAAAAAUAGAAAUGGCAGUAUAAAGCCUCAGGAUAGAACUGAAAGCCCAAAAGCGCCAAAAGAAGGUAGAAAUGAAGCCCAAAAAUCAUCAAAAGGACUAGAAAAAAUGCCAGUUGAAACAAAAAAAGUGCCUCUAAAUGAAAGAGUUCAACUUCAUACAGCAUUAAAACCUGAUAAAUCGACUGAUAAGACAACAAAGAAGCCAUCAAAAGUUAGUAACAAGAUAGGGCUUAAGGCAGAUGAUGAUGAGAAGAAAGAGAACAAGAAGAAGAUAGAUAAUAAAGAUAAAAAUGAUAACAAGAACAAGAAUAAGGAUAAGAAAGACGAAGAAGAAGGAUUUGAAACAACAAUGUUAGUCGACAUAUCCUUUGAAGACAAACAAAAAAAAGAAGACGUUGUUAAGCAUGGAAAAGAUGAUAACAAAGAAGAAAAGGUAAAACAACAAAGAGAAAAAAGAAGAAAAAUAACCACAAAACUAUGAACGAAAAAGAAAGAAAAGGCUUCAGAAGAUAAACCUAAGAAAGCCUUAGAAACAAAAAAGAAAGAAGAAAAAGUAGAUUUAGAUGAAGAAGAAAUGGAAGAAGAAGAAGAAAAUGAAAAAGAAGAAGAUAUUCCGCGAAAACUUGGCCAAAGAGCCAUUCAAGAGCCAAAUUCGGAUGAGAAAAACGAACUCAACAGUUUUAAAGGUACGUUUUUAUAAAAUGGCAAAAAAAAAUUUUAAAAAAAUUUUAAAAUCGAAAACCCCCUCCCCGCUCUUUAAAAACUUUUUUAACCCAACCUAAUUACUCUUGUAGAUGAACUCCCAGUUCAACUAUGUCACGUAGACAGUGACUGUGCUAAUGACAAAUUCAACCGUACGGUUUGUGAGCGCUAUGGAGGACGAGGGAAUCAAGGAGCUUGUCGGAGCCGUGAGUUUUAUAUUUUUUUUGGUUUUUUCAUCAUUAUCACCUUCAAAGUUUACAAAUUGCGUAUUCAAAAACAGGGCGUGGUAACUACCUCCGCUUUAAAUUUUUUUUUGAAAAAUGAUUAAACUUGAUUUUUUCUGGAUUUGUAAAGGGGUCCUUAUUUUUUGAUUUGUGAAGAUAGUUCUUGCUGUUUUUUACUUUUUAAACCAAAUUUUUUCCAUUUUUUGUUUUGUAAUGAAAGUUAUUGCUAUUUUCAGAUUUGUAAAGAAAGUUCUUGCCAUUUUAUGAUUUGUAAAGAAGUUCUUGUUAUUUUUUAGUUUGUAAAGAAAGUUUUGGGCACCUGAGGUCCUUUGUUUAGAUCCCGCCCUCCGGCCCGCACAGCCCGGUCAGACCUUUUAAAAAUAGUUUUGGCCCGGUUCAGUCUAGAACCAAGCCGGGCUAAGUAGGACCCUUUUCAGUUCUAGUCCUACCUUUUGGUUUAAAAAUUUUUUUUCGAAUUUUUUAUUUGAUAAUUUUUCAGCUUGGUCAUGCAAAACCGACGACGAUUGUCCAACAUGUUGUCGAACAUGGAACGAGGAUUCGAAGGAAAAACAUUGUGGUUACAGUAAGUUGUAUUUACUGUACUUACCAAUAGGGCCCUCUACCUCAACCUAUGGUCUGUGGAAAACACGUAUUUUACUAAAAUCUAGAUUUUUUCAUUUCUUAGCCGGAAAUUUUUUUUCAUUUUUAGCGUUAAAUCAAGCCUAAAACAUUUUUUCAUUUUUCAGUCAAAAACCCCCAUUUUAGGCAUUUAAAAAACAAAAAAAAUUAAAAUUCCUUCAGAUUUCCUCACAAUGUACUGUGGCUACAACAACACCCGCUUCCCUGAUGUGAUAUGUCCGCAGAAGGACAUAUGUCAACAAGGAUUCGACGGGUUCAGUACGUGUCGGAUCAUACUGGACGAGAGGAACAUUGAACAAUAUAUGAGUUGUGCCUUUGGGCCGAAGAUCAUGCGAAAACAACAUAACUAA